CUGGUCCAGAUGAUACACUUUACUUAUGGUUCUGUGCAUCUCACAGGCUGCCAGGAUGCGAUUGAGCUUCCACGUUUUACCUUCAACCCAAAGGAAGGGAUUGAUAAUCCAGGUCUGGUCAUCACUGACGAUUUUGAAUCAGACCAAAAUCCUCUGCCCAAACUCUACCAGUUGAGGCGUGUAGAGGGCCAGAAUUUUGGUUUUUACUUGCAGAAGGCCACAGAUAAGCAAGGCUUAGAGAUCACAGAUGUAGACCCAUGGAGCCCAGCUGACCACAGCGGUCUGACAGAGGGUGACAAAGUGCUGGAGGUCAAUGAUGAAUAUGUGGUCAACAUGGACUUCUUUAAGGUGGCAAGGAAGAUUCAGUCAUGUGGCUUACAUUUGUUUCUCCUGGUGCUGAAGAGAGAAGACUAUGACCAGGCAGUGUGUACAGGUGUGGACCUACAGAUGCUGGCUACAGCCUCCAAGGGAGGCCCUUGCUCUCGGCCCAGACUGUGUCACAUCAACUGGCACCAGCACUGUGGCCUGGGGAUGAACCUGAUCUCAACGGAAGCAAGCCUAAAAGGACAAUGCGUACUGAGCGUAGGGCCUGGUGGGCCAGCAGAGAAAGCUGGAGUCACCAGCGGGGACAGAUUGGUCUGGAUGAAUGGUGUCGUGACAGCCAAUCUCACACACGUCUCUAUCAACAAAUUACUGAAGAAGAGUACAGACUCUGUGACUGUGCUGGUCAUUGACGGUGAAAGCGAGUCUCGCUAUAUCAGGAGGAAGUUGCCCAUCUUGCCUGCGCUGGCAGGCCACUGCAGUCUCCCACACGCAGCAAAGACCAUGCAUCUGGUUAAAGGACCUGAGGGAUAUGGUUUCCUGCUGAGGCAAGAGAAGUUUCCACAUACACGACAAAGAGUUCAUGUGAUUCGGGACGUGGAUAAAGGGAGUCCAGCAGAGGAGGCAGGAAUGGAGGAUGGAGAGCUUCUGCUGGCGGUCAACGGAGAACCAGUAGAGUUCAUGGAGCAUGACGAUAUUGUCAAAAGAGUUAGAAAAAGCGCUGAAAGAGUAAGCUUCACCGCUAUAUCUAUACCAGGGAGACGCCUCUUCAGAUCGCUCGGUAUUUCUCCACUGUUCUUUCAUGACGAAUACAUACACCAGGAUGACCGUGUCCUAGGUCAGACCGGAAUUCAAACAUCACAGCAGCAAAGAUUUGGAGAUGCUCUCUUGUAAUGGAACAAUGGAAAUUAAGUAAGCAAAUCCAUUCAAACCAGAGGUUGAAGGUUAAAGGACAAAGGGCACUGGACCAACCUGUAUAAUAAAGACUUUGUCAUACAUCACUUAUACAACUAUGAAUAUUCAGUCACAUUAGGAAACACAUUUUCAAGUUCUUUGGAUGCAAGAAUUAAGAUACAAAUUAAGCAGUCUGGUCAUAAGAAAUAACUGUCAGACAAGUUAUGGAUUUCUUGAAAUGUCCCAUUUAAUUUUGUCAACAUUUUCCAGAUGAACCUUUUGGGUAGAUUUUAGAUCUCCAAAAUGACAAUCACUAACUUUGAUUUGCAGUUUAGAAGGGAAUCAUGUAAUAAAUACAGGAUAAGUGGAUAUUGUGUGUAUGUUUACUGCAGACUCAUUCAGGUUACAAUGCAUCUGAUUAAAACAUCAAACAUUGUACAAACAUUUUUAAGAUGGCAAAUUAAACAAAUCCAUUGAUUGCAGAAUUGUGGUUAGUUUUUCAAAAGGUAUGUCAGUUAUUUGAAAUAUAAUUUGAUUCAAGUACUUCAACACAAAAUAAAGCAAAAGGCAUUAUCGACACAAGGUCAUGUAAGCGAUGGCAAGGGAGAGUCACAACUUGGACCAUUGACAGUUUGUGUUCAUUCCUGAGAAAUUUCAAUUCAGUUUUUAAUUAGGACUUGCACUAUGUCUUCAAAUGAUUAAAUCUUUUGAAGGAAAGGUUAUGUCAAGAAACAGCAUGCAUG